CUGCCCUCACCAGCUCUCGAAGUCACGUGUUCUGGUAAUCUGUAUUGCAGAAGACAAUUUGAAAACCGUGCAAGCGGUAACCCCUAGAUAAAAACUGAUUAUAGGCGCAAAAGGAAUAUGGUCACAGUAUAUCGUUCUGUGAGGAGGUUGCGUAAAGACUAGUGCAAAUAAACAGUAACAUUAUUCCUACUUUAAUUUUGCGGUGAGUGUACUUGUAAAAAGAUGGCACAAAUAGGAUGCAAUUUCUUUCGCGUCAGCGCCGGACUCAUUGCAUUCGAUGUUAUAGUAUAUGCAAUUUAUUAUUGGCACCAGAAGCGGGAAAGAAAGAAAUUGAAUAGUGAAGUGCGAGACUGCGCUAUAUUUCAUGCGGGUGUUUAUGCUUGCGGACCAUACUGCCCAGCUGAGGUAAAUAUUCGGUUGAGACACCAUUCGUUGGAUUGUAUUGAACUUUCUUUACGGAAACUCACCAAGUGUAUAGAAGAGAGUAAAUCCAGUGUGGAUGUUGCAUUAUUUAAUAUUGCAUGUCCAGAACUUAUGAUUGCUCUUGGAAAUGAAGCUAAAAAAGGGAAAGUUAUUCACAUGAUAACAGAUGCAAAAUACAUUGAAGACAGGUUGAAUUUUACAGAUAUUCAGGAAGCUAUGAAAAAAGGUGUUCAAAUUAAGAGGAAGACUACUCGGUUUCUCUUUCAUCAUAAAUUUAUUAUAAUCGACAAGAAAGUGCUCUUUCAGGGAUCAUGCAAUUUCACUAACACUGCUCUUCGAGGAAAUUGUGACAAUUUCCUCAUUACUUCCAACAAACAAAUUGUUAAGGAUUAUGUUCAGUUUUAUGAAGAUCUGUGGAAUGAUAUUCCUUAAACACACAAAUAUUUACAAAAUACAGUAUACAAAUUUUCAUUUAGUCGUUUUUGAUUUUUUGCAACUUUUAUGAAAGUGCCUUUUUAACUUCUUUGUGUUGUGUUGUGUUUGAGUAAAGUUGCAUGUAAUAUUACAUUGGUCAUUUAAGUUGAGUGAAUUCGUCAUUUCAGAUCUCUACAAAUUUCUGUAAUGCAUAAGUUAAUAAAUGUGCCAAUCUCAUUUCAUUCAAGA